CCCGCCAGGCGUCUUCAGCGCCCGCCCGCUUGCGGGCCUGCGCCCGGCCUGCUACACCCGGAGCUGGGGCCGCAGCUCAGGGGCGCUCAGGCCAGGGGCGCCCCUCCGGGUGAGCCAGCCGCGCCGCCGGGCUGGUUCCCCGCGCCAGCGCCGGGAAUGCCGUUCUACAGGCGCACGGUGGUGCCCCAGCGCCUGUGCCCGCGCAACCCGCCGCAGCCGCUCGCCGAGCUCCGCGACGUGAGCCACCUGGCUGCGCUCAGCCUGCUCCGGCAGCUCGCCGACCUCUGCGGCCACUCUCUGGCUCUGCUCGAGGACCUCGAGGGGCACCUGCUGGCCUUGGGGCGCCGCACCGACAGCCUGUGCCGGCGCACCGUGCGCCUCCGCCGCCGCUUGCCCUGCCGCCUGCUCCGUCCGGAGGAAGACGACGAAGAGCUAGGGCAGGAGGAGACGGUUGUAAAUCUACAUGGAGAUGAGAAAAAUGAGAGCUGCACCUUUAGACUGCAACCAGAUUUCCCAUUCGAUGAACUACUGAGGCGGGGAUGCGGCCUGCUUGAGUUUGAUGGAGCAGGGGGAAAUUCCGGGACUUGGAACAGGCACUUGCCAGAGCUCACUUUGUUUCUGUCCUACCUGUCAUCCCCAGAGACCCUUGGGACACUGGCUUGACAGGGUGGGGCAGGCAAGCAAGCAAGCCCAUUUUCUUUUAAAUACCAUGAAAUUCCUGGUCUGCCCACGUGGUAUUUCCACGUGUUGAAAACGUCUUCCCUGGAAAUUUGGACACCAAAAUGUCUACUAGAAUUUCCUCCACCUCAGAAACAAGAAAUUUAAUCUUCUUUUUUUUGUUGUUGUUGGACAAAUGAGCAGCUAAGGUGAUAAAAGCAUCAGGAUGACGGAAUAGUGGAGUAGAGGAGAAGAUUCAAAUUACGGCUUUUGGGCUCAACUUUGACCUUUGUGCAGUUGACUGUGUGUCAGGAGGAGAGGGGUGAAUUUGCAUCGUCUGCCACGCACUUCUCUGGUUUGGGUGGAGUGGGUUUAUACAGUGUGGCACCAAAAACUCGGUCAUUAACCAUUGUCGGUGUCCUGACACUUGACCACUGAGGCCCAGAAAAAGGAAGGGACUUGUCCAAAGGUAGCCAGCUGGGUCAAGCCCAUUAAUAGCCCUAAGUGCUGCAAAGAUUAUAAUGUCUCCCCAUAUGUAAUUCCAAAUGAAAGAAAUGUUAAACCUUCAGAUAAAGUGUUAUUGGGGGGAGCACCUGGGUGGCUCAGUUGGUUGAGUGCCCGACUCUUGAUCUCGGCUCAGGUCUUGAUCUCAAGGUUGUUGAGUUUGAGCCCCAUGCUGGGCGUGGAGCCUACUUAAAAAAAAAUAAAUAAAAUGUUAUUUUUGAGAUUACUCAGAGUUCCACAGGUAUGUUGAAAUUAAAAUGGCUUAUAGAGUUUUUUCAUUCUUUCGUACUCCUGUUGUCGGGGACCUAAGCAUAUACUUAAUCUCCCCUAUGAGGAAUGUGGCACCUGCUAGGUCACACAGCAGAUAAAUGGCAGGAAGCCUUGAUCUAGAAGCCAGGCCUCCUGACAUCGAAGCCAGUGCUCUGUGCCGCUAAGUUCAAAACCAGCUGUUCCUUGAGAGUCACCACCCUGGCAGUUUUUCCAGCUGGAAUUUGUCCAGGAUAAUGAAUGACUCCUGCUACCUUUGCCAAC